AUGUCUGUUAAAGACGGCCUUGAUCUGUUCACACUACGUCGAUGCGCCGUUAAGAUCGUUAGUCGAUUAGGUGUGCGCAAGAUCUCUGGUGGCUGGGCUCAGACACUUAAUGAGGCCGCUAUUUUGCGCCGUCUCUCUGCUGUUUCUUCUGGUGGGUCUGCUUUCUAUGGACAAGACGCAAUGGAUGUUGAUGGCAACCUGCAUAUUGUUCAUCUUAUUGCAGCACUGCGUCUUAGUCAGCCGGAUCGACUCUGUUUAGUCAUGGAGCACUGUUUGGGCUCUGUGCAUGAUCUUCAAGCCGCUGGAUUGCCUCCAUUCGACCCCGCUGCUCUAGAUGCUGGUGAAUGGCCUAUUGGGGAAGAUCUGAGGCUAGCCAGUCCUGAUGUUUACCAGGCUGACGAUGAUGAUUAUGAAACCAGUGAAGUCAACACAGAGUGUAACAAGAAGGAAGCAGACGAAUUGAAAGAGGCAUGGAAAGACGUUAAAGUAUUUGAAAUGAAUAAGCGAACAAGAGAAGCGCGAGAAUGGCAAGAGGAGCGGAGCCAAGCCAAUGACGAGCAUAUCAACAGGUUGACUGGAAUUAGGAAGGAGAGGAGGCGAAAUGAAUAUAACCUGGAAGAGACAGAAGAACAAGGGGUGGAAGUGAUUUGCACUGAUGCGAUGGAAUCCCAAGGAGGGCUCAUAGAUGAGAUUAAGGUUUUCCCAUCUUCCGAGAAACCAGAUAUACUUUACAAAGUAGAAGGGCAAUCGGAUGUGGGUGAGUCAUGUUGCUGA